CUGUCAGUCAGAGAGCGGCCUGGUACCAGCCGUGGGGCCCGCGGGGCCGGGGCCGCCAUGGCGGCAGUUUUCGACCUGGAUCUGGAAACGGAGGAGGGCAGCGAGGGCGAGGGCGAGCCGGAGCUCAGCCCCGCGGACGUGUGUCCCCUGGCCGAGUUGAGGUCGGCUGGCCUGGAGCCCGUGGGACACUAUGAGGAGGUGGAGCUGACCGAGAGCAGCGUCAACCUCGGCCCAGAGCGCAUCGGGCCCCAGUGCUUUGAGCUGCUGCGGGUGCUGGGCAAAGGGGGCUACGGCAAGGUGUUCCAGGUGCGAAAGGUGCAGGGCACCAACUUGGGCAGAAUAUAUGCCAUGAAAGUCCUAAGGAAGGCCAAAAUUGUGCGCAACGCCAAGGACACGGCGCACACACGGGCCGAGCGGAACAUUCUCGAGUCUGUGAAGCACCCCUUCAUUGUGGAACUGGCCUAUGCCUUCCAGACUGGUGGCAAGCUCUACCUCAUCCUUGAGUGCCUCAGUGGUGGCGAGCUCUUCACACACCUGGAGCGAGAGGGCAUCUUCCUGGAGGACACAGCCUGCUUCUACCUGGCAGAGAUCACCCUGGCCCUUGGCCAUCUGCACUCCCAAGGCAUCAUCUACCGAGACCUCAAGCCAGAAAACAUCAUGCUCAACAGCCAGGGCCACAUCAAACUGACAGACUUUGGCCUCUGCAAGGAGUCGAUUCACGAGGGCGCCAUCACCCACACCUUCUGCGGCACCAUCGAGUACAUGGCCCCUGAGAUCCUGGUGCGCAGCGGCCACAACCGGGCGGUGGACUGGUGGAGCCUGGGGGCGCUGAUGUAUGACAUGCUCACUGGAUCGCCACCCUUCACUGCGGAGAACCGGAAGAAAACCAUGGACAAGAUCAUCAAGGGGAAGCUGGUGCUGCCCCCCUACCUCACACCGGAUGCCCGGGACCUUGUCAAGAAGUUUCUGAAGCGGAAUCCCAGCCAGCGGAUUGGGGGCGGCCCAGGGGACGCCGCUGAUGUGCAGAGGCACCCCUUCUACCGGCAUAUCAACUGGGAAGACCUCCUGGCCCGCCGUGUGGACCCCCCCUUCAGGCCCUCCCUGCAGUCAGAGGAGGACGUGAGCCAGUUUGAUACCCGCUUCACACGGCAGACACCAGUGGACAGUCCCGAUGACUCGGCUCUCAGCGAGAGCGCCAACCAGGCCUUCCUGGGCUUUACAUACGUGGCACCCUCCGUCCUGGACAGCAUCAAGGAGGGCUUCUCCUUUCAGCCCAAGCUGCGCUCCCCCAGGCGUCGCAACAGCAGCCCCCGGACCCCCAUCAGCCCCCUGAAGUUCUCCCCCUUUGAGGGGUUCCGACCCAGCGCCGGCCCACCGGAGCCCCUGGAGCCAGCUCUACCCCCACUCCUGCCUCCACCGCCACCACAGCCCUCAAGCACGGCCCCUCUCCCCAUCCGUCCCCCCUCAGGGACCAAGAAGUCCAAGAGGGGCCGUGGGCGUCCGGGGCGUUAGGAGGGCUGUGCGGGGAGGCCCCUUCCUGUAGGCUCUGAGGACUGUGGGACUCUGGACCAGCUCCUGAGACCCGUGUGGGUGU